ACUUUUUCUAGAUAUUGAAUUCAUUCAGCUUCUUGCAAAGAGAGCAGAAUGAUUGCUAAAGACGAAGAGGCUCGCCAGCUCCCUGUUACCCUUCUCUCGGGGUUCCUGGGGAGUGGUAAAACCACACUCCUAGAACAUAUCCUCAAGUCACCUUCUCAUGGCCUCCGCAUUGCAGUCAUCGUAAACGACAUGAGCUCACUGAACAUCGACGCCGCCCUGAUCACCCACCACAAAGUCUCCCAAACAAAAGAAAAACUCAUCCAGCUCCAGAACGGGUGUAUCUGCUGUACACUCCGGGGCGAUCUCCUCGCCGAACUGGCCCGACUGACCAAGAAGCAAGAGGUCGACUAUGUCGUUAUUGAGAGUACGGGUAUCAGUGAGCCAAUGCAGGUUGCUGAGACCUUCACUGCCGAGUUUAGCACGGCGAUGCUAGAAGCCGAGGGCCAGAUGGAGGGGAUGGACGUGGACAAGGAGAACGGUGUAGAGAUGCAGAUGGAUGAGGAUGAUAAGAAAGUUCUUGAGGAGAUAGCAAAAAUGGGCGGCCUGCACACCAUCGCCAAACUCGACACUACCGUCACCGUCAUCGACACGUUCAACCUGUUAUCGAACUUCGACACGGCCGAAUUCCUCUCGGACCGGUACGGCAGCGACGCCAUAAUCCCCGAAGAUGAGCGAACCAUCUCCGACCUCAUGGUCGACCAGAUCGAGUUCGCAGACGUGCUGAUCAUGAAUAAGAUCGAGGCGGUGGAUGAAGCCACCAAGGCUAAGAUCAGACGGCUUAUUGGACUCUUAAACCCCGAUGCUAAACUCAUUGAGACAUCAUAUAGUCGCGUCGAUGUGACUGAAAUUAUUGGCACGGGCAGGUUUAAUUUCCUCAAGGCUGCUAGUGGUGCUGGCUGGUUGAGGAGUCUGCAUGAGAUGACGGUCAUGACGACGGGGGUUGGGAAUAGGGUUGCUCCUCGGCCGGAGACAUUGGAGUAUGGGAUUAACAACUUUGUCUACUCGGCCAGAAGACCGUUUCAUCCCCGUCGGCUGUUCUCGAUGAUCCACGACAAGUUCAUCCUGCUGCAGUCGACGAAUGCGCAUGAUCACGGAAAUGGGGACGACGACGAAGAUGAUGAAGAAGAUGAGGAGGAGGAAGGGGAAGAAGAAGAAGAGAGCGACGCCGAAAUAGACGACUUCGACCAACCAGAUCAAGACUUGAUUCUAUCCAACAAACGCAACAGCGAAGCCUUCGGCCCCAUCCUACGCUCAAAAGGCUUCUUCUGGCUCGCAACCCGCCCCAUGCAUUUCGGCGAGUGGAGCCAAGCUGGCGGUAUGCUCACCGUUGGACCUGGUGGGCCGUGGUUCGCAGAGGUGCCGGACGAGGCCUGGCCUGAGGAUAAAGAUGUGAGGGAGUCUAUUGAGAGGGACUUCCAGGGGAAGUGGGGAGACAGACGCCAGGAACUGGUGUUUAUUGGGGAGGGGCUGAACCCGGAGGCCAUUACGAAGUUGUUUGAUGAAUGUUUGCUUGAUGACAAGGAUAUGAAGCGGUGGGAGCAGGUUAUGGGGAGUAAGAAGUUGAGUAGGGCUCAGAAAUGCGACAAGCUGGGGGGUAUGUGGGAGGAUGGAUGGGAGGACUGGCCUGAUGGUGAGGACUUGGAGAUAUAAUAUCUGGAGUAGAUGAAUGAAUUCAAGUAUUAAUCGCAUU